CGUAGCGGCUACUUUAGUCUAGAAUUGCAUUCUUUCUCAGAACAUGCUGGAAGUAAACGCUUCGAAAUUAGUGCGUCAUUAUAAUUACAGAAGUACGCUAAAAUAGUGAAGUGGUCGCGUCUGCGCUGCUAUCCUUAAUUUUACUUAGGCUUAGUUACUUCUAGGCUUACUUUUGUACGCUGUAGUCCGUGUAGUUUGUAAUGUGAUCGGGCUCGAGAUGUGUGAUCUGGCGGUUCUGACAGUGCGUCUGGUUCGGUCUUUCGAGCAUCGCAACUUUAAACCGGUGGUUUACAAAGACGUUAGUUUAGAUCAGACGGUGGAGGAGUUUAUUACAUUUGUUACGCAAGAUGUUUCAACAAGAGCUGGAUUGCCUCCACCCUUUAAGAAGUUUGACUAUGACACAAUGAAAAUCAUACACCAGGCACAUGGAGCAAAGACGAAUGAGCUGGUAAUGAGUUUAGAGGAUGAUGAAAAGUUGAUUCUUCGUGAUGGCUGCAGGUUAAGAGCAUGUGGUGUUGCCAAUGAGACAGAACUUGCCUUCUUCAAAAUAGCAGACUAUGAAAAGUUCAAGGCCAGUCCACAGACAGAAUGGUGAUGACAAUCAGGAUGCAACUCAAGAGGUCUUGGAGUAUUUAUUAUCAGAGGCACUUUUUUUCAGCUGUGACAAGCAGGUGAUCUCUUCAAGUUGGAUCGAAACAUCUAUUUUAAUUUAAUUUAUAGCUAUAAUUUUUAUAUUUAUUCUUACCAUUCAAAUACCUUCAGCAUAGUUUCUGAUGUACACGUUUGACAAACUUUGAAGGGAGAUGUCAUGUUGUCACAGAAUAAUUAUUUUCUUGGGUAUGAAUACUGUACAUUUCUGUGCCAAAAUGUGCAUUUUGAAUGCCAGUUAUUAGGUAUUUUAUUUGCCAGGUAUUUUAUUUACAACAACUCCGAUACCAGUUAUCUUGUUUUAUUUAAAUGACACCUUGGAAGUUGAUUGCAUUUUGUUAAAUAAAGUCGAAUGUAUAAAUCAUGCUUUCACAACACCAAAAAUAUUGAUUGACUGAAAGUUCAAUUCAAAACUUCUUUCCAGUACAACAUCCACAAUAACGACAGCCUAUCAGUCAGACCCGGAAAGUGAAACUAAAAAUGUAUUAACAUUUAGUAAAUUUUUUUUCAGAGCAACAUGUGCAGUCAUUGCAUACUGUAGAACUGGACCAUUUUGAAUUUGUAUUAUGUAUCGGUGUAAAUAACCAGACAUCCAAACAUUACUUUUAAACUUUUUAUAUAACAAUAAUUUCACACAUGCUUUGUUUAUAACAGUU